AUAGUCGCGGGGGAUCCUGGGUAGGACGGUCAAGCGGCGGGAGAGCGGCAAUUAAUUUAUUAAUUAAUUCACGGAUUUGACGAAAAGCUGCCCGUCUUCAAGUGGAAACACCAAAAACCGCUUUAUAACACUUGUAUGAAUACAACACUCUCAAACAACAAUGGCGAAGGUGCAGGUGUUGAACGUAGCAGUCCUGGAUAACCCGAGUCCCUUUGGAAACCCUUUCCAGUUUGAAAUCACCUUCGAGUGCAUGGAGGAUCUGCCGGAAGAUCUUGAAUGGAAGAUCAUCUACGUUGGCUCAGCGGAGAGCGAAGAGUAUGACCAGAUCCUGGACUCAGUCUUGGUUGGUCCAGUACCUGCUGGGAGACAUAUGUUUGUUUUUCAGGCCGAUGCCCCAAACACUGGAUUGAUUCCUGAAAGUGAUGCCGUUGGGGUGACAGUAGCGCUUAUUACCUGCACUUAUCGCGGCCAAGAAUUUAUUCGCAUUGGUUAUUAUGUGAACAAUGAGUACACAGACCCAGAGCUUCGUGAGAAUCCUCCAAUCAAGCCAGACUACACACAGCUGCAGAGAAAUAUUCUAGCAUCCAACCCGCGUGUUACCAGAUUCCAUAUAAACUGGGAUGGCUGUGCAGAGAAAAUGGAGGACUCUGAAAAUGUGGAUCCAACUUCCAACUCCAUGCUCCCUCCAUCCUGUCUGCCGGGCAAGGCUCCACCUUUGGGGAUACUACCAGAUAACUCUAUGGACUGCUUAUAGAGAGGCCACCUGCACAAAAGGUGACGACUACAAGCACCAUACCUUAUUCUUGAAGAAUGCCUAUGGACAUUCUAAUGUGGAUGAGAAGAUGUGCAGACCUUCCUGCCUUACUGCUUCCCUUAUUUCCAUGAAGCAUCCUAAAAAUUAAUUCUCAGCUUGGACUUGAGUGAACAUUUGCUUCAAGGAGAUUAUGAACAUGCUAAUGUGUAGAUGAACAGUUAUUCCAAUGAUGUUCGAAAAAAAAAAAGAAAGUGGAAUUGAAGUGUAGGAAGGAAACCAACUGCCGAAUUAUACAGCUGAACUAAAACAUAACAAUAGGCUGUUGUGACUCUCCUUGUUGUUGUUGCAGAACAGAUUUGUAACUGUUUAAGAGGAUUUUUGAACACUGAAGCAAUAGGCGAAUGAACUGCAAUAGGUGUGGACAGGAAUUUGAUAAUCUGCCUCUGUAUUUGUGUUCAAAUUGCACUCAACACCUUCUUCCAUUCACAUCAUGUGGUUUUAGGUGUGCUUUGUAUGAGCUACGUAUAUAUAUCACUUCCUACAUAUUUUUUUUGUAUUUGCAUUUUUGUGUUCUAAAUAAUAAAAAAUAAAUA